GUAUUAGGAAAAUAAGUAGAAGAAAAGACUAUAGAAGCCAGCUUUCGAAAGUAGCCUAAUUUGCCCGCCACCAAUUAAAAAGAGAAAAAAAAAAAAAAAGAACUCACUGCAAAACAUAAAACCCUAACAUUUGUAAUGUGACGAUCUCUACUUCACCGGUCUCAGAAGUCAUAUUCGAAAACCAUUCUCCCUCUCUCUCCCGCGCUCCCUGCUAACAACCUCAAUUCCUACAUUGAUAUCUCUGUACUUCAAUAUUAUACUUCUUUUGUAUACAUAUUAACAGUUCAAUUUCUCAGAAACCCUAGGAUUUUUCAUUAAAGUUAGUUGUUGGUUUUUCUUUGUUAAACAUGUCAUGGGAAGAAGAGGUGGUGCUCCGGGACGUGGCGAGUGCGGGUAUCGCAGUGAGCGACCGCAUUGGGAGAGAGGUAGCUUCUCAGCUAGACCUAGAAGAAGCUCUAGAAGCUUCUAGAUACGUUAGCCAUCCUUAUUCUACGCACCCUAGAGAGUGGCCUCCUUUGAUCGAGGUUGGAGAUACAUGGGAGUUGCCACCUGUACUUAUUGAGAGAUAUAAUGCAGCUGGUGGUGAAGGCACUGCUUUAUGUGGAAUUUUUCCUCAGAUUCGGAGAGCCUGGGCCUCCGUCGACAAUUCUUUGUUUUUAUGGCGUUUCGAUAAGUGGGAUGGACAGUGUCCUGAAUACAGAGGGGAGGAACAAGCCAUUUGUGCUGUUGGUCUUGCCAAAUCUAAACCUGGUGUUUUCGUUGAAGCCAUUCAGUAUCUUUUAGUUUUAGCCACUCCUGUUGAGCUGAUUCUUGUAGGUGUAUGCUGUUCUGGAGGGGGUGAUGGUACUGAUCCAUAUGCAGAGAUUUCAUUACAGGCUUUACCAGAGUAUACAGUUCCAUCGGAUGGUGUUACUAUGACUUGUGUUGCAUGUACUGAUAUGGGUCGUAUCUUUCUGGCUGGGCGUGACGGCCAUGUUUAUGAGCUGCAGUACACAACUGGUUCUGGCUGGCAUAAGAGGUGCCGUAAGGUUUGCCUUACUUCAGGGUUGGGAAGUGUCAUCUCAAGGUGGGUUGUUCCAAAUGUAUUUAAGUUUGGAGCUGUCGAUCCCAUAAUUGAGAUGGUUUUUGACAACGAAAGACAGAUAUUAUAUGCACGAACUGAGGAGACCAAGCUUCAGGUUUUUCUUCUAGGGCCAGAUGGAGAAGGUCCACUGAAGAAAGUGGCAGAAGAAAGAAAUUUAUUCAGUCACAGGGAUGUACAUUAUGGUGGUAGACAGUCAACGGGACCAAGAACACCAAGUAGAUCAGCAAAGCCAUCUAUAGUUAGCAUAUCACCUCUAUCCACACUGGAAUCCAAGUGGUUGCACCUUGUUGCCGUAUUAUCGGAUGGCAGAAGGAUGUAUCUUUCCACUUCUCCUUCUAUCGGAAAUAAUGGUACAGUUGGUGGUUUGAGUCGAUUUAAUCAGAGACCAAACUGUUUAAAAGUUGUAACAACUAGGCCCUCUCCUCCUAUAGGGGUCAGUGGUGGACUUACCUUUGGAGCUCUUGCCAGUAGAACUCCAAAUGAGGAUCUCACACUAAAAGUUGAAACAUCAUAUUAUUCUGCUGGAACACUUGUCCUUUCUGAUUCCUCACCACCAACCAUGUCUUCUCUUGUUAUUGUGAACAGAGACUCAACCUCACAAUCAUCUGCUUCAGGUAGUUUAGGUACAAGCACGAGGAGUUCUCGGGCUUUAAGAGAAAUUGUGUCUUCCUUACCUGUUGAAGGUCGAAUGCUUUUUGUGGCAGAUGUCCUACCGUUGCCAGAUACAGCUGCCACUGUGAAGUCACUGUAUUCAGAACUUGAAUUUUUCAGAUGUGAGAGCUCAGGGGAGUCCUGUGAAAAGGCAUCUGGAAAACUUUGGGCUAGAGGUGAUCUUUCGACCCAGCAUAUACUUCCAAGGCGAAGAAUUGUUGUUUUUAGUACCAUGGGUUUGAUGGAAGUAGUUUUUAACAGGCCUGUGGAUAUUCUGAGGAGGCUGUUUGAGGCCAAUUCACCUAGAUCAAUCUUGGAAGAUUUCUUCAAUCGUUUUGGAAAUGGUGAGGCAGCUGCAAUGUGUUUAAUGUUAGCUGCAAGGAUUGUUCAUUCAGAGACUCUUAUAAGCAAUGCUAUUGCUGACAAAGCAGCAGAAAUAUUUGAGGAUCCGAGGGUUGUUGGCAUGCCACAACUUGAUGGUAUGAAUGCAGUAUCAAACACUAGAGCAGCGACAGGGGGUUUUAGUAUGGGACAGGUUGUUCAGGAGGCUGAGCCUGUGUUUUCAGGUGCAUAUGAAGGCCUCUGCUUGAGUUCAUCAAGGUUACUUUUUCCUCUGUGGGAAUUCCCUGUCUUUGUCAGCAAAGGGGGACUAGUUUCAUCUGGUGCUGCAUCUGAAAGUGGCGUAAUUACUUGCAGACUCUCUGCAGCGGCUAUGAAGGUUCUUGAAAGCAAGAUUCGCUCUCUAGAGAAGUUCUUGAGGUCCAGAAGGAACCAAAGAAGGGGCCUUUAUGGCUGUGUAGCUGGCUUAGGAGAUGUGACUGGUUCUAUAUUGUAUGGAACUGGUUCAGACUUAGGUACUAGUGACAGAAGCAUGGUGAGGAAUUUAUUUGGUGCAUACUCAUGGAAUGUCGAGUCUAGUGCUGGUGGGACAUCAAAUAAAAGGCAACGAUUACCCUAUAGUCCUGCAGAAUUGGCUGGCAUGGAGGUCAGGGCAAUGGAGUGUAUCAGGCAGUUGCUUCUUCGAUCUAGUGAAGCUUUGUUUUUGCUACAGCUUCUUUGUCAGCAUCAUGUAGCUCGCUUGGUUCAGGGAUUUGAUGCUAAUUUAGUACAGGCACUGGUUCAGUUAACAUUUCAUCAGUUAGUUUGUUCUGAGGAAGGUGACCGCAUGGCCACAAUGUUAAUAUCUGCGCUAAUGGAGUAUUAUACUGGUCCAGAUGGUAGAGGAACAGUAGAUGAUAUCAGUGGGAGGUUACGGGAGGGUUGUCCUAGCUAUUUCAAGGAGUCAGAUUACAAGUUUUUCUUAGCCGUGGAAUGUCUUGAAAGAGCUGCUAUAACUCCAGAUACUGUAGAGAAGGAGAAUCUUGCUAGAGAAGCCUUCAGUUCUUUGAGCAAAGUUCCAGAGUCUGCAGAUUUAAGAACUGUUUGCAAAAGGUUUGAGGACUUAAGAUUUUAUGAAGCUGUGGUACGAUUGCCUCUGCAGAAGGCACAGGUUCUUGACCCUGCUGGUGAUGCUUACAAUGAUCAAAUUGAUGCAGCAAUUAGGGAACAUGCACGUGCUCAGCGUGAACGGUGCUAUGAGAUAAUUUCUAGUGCUUUACGUUCUCUGAAAGGUGAGUCUUUGCAAAGGGAGUUUGGAUCUCCCUUGAGGCCUUCUGCCUCACGAGCAGUGCUUGAUCAGGCUUCCCGAAGGAAAUAUAUUAGCCAGAUUGUUCAGCUGGGUGUCCAAUCACCUGACAGACUGUUUCAUGAGUAUCUAUACCGGACUAUGAUUGAUUUGGGCCUUGAAAAUGAGCUGUUGGAGUAUGGGGGACCUGAUUUAGUGCCCUUUCUGCAAAAUGCUGGUCGUGAAACAUUACAAGAGGUCCGAGCUGUUACUGCAGUAACAUCUGCAACUUCUUCCAUUGGUCAUUCAGGAGCACCCGUCACUGCUAAUCAAGCAAAAUACUUUGAUCUUUUAGCUCGGUAUUAUGUCUCAAAGCGGCAGCAUAUGCUUGCAGCCCACAUAUUGCUUAGACUGGCUGAGAGACGUUCAACUGAUGCAAGGGAUGUUCCUACUCUUGAACAGAGGCGCCAAUACUUGAGCAAUGCUGUUCUACAGGCUAAGAAUGCAAGUGAUAGUGGUGGUUUGGUAGGUUCCAUGAAGGGUGCCUUGGACAGUGGAUUGCUGGAUUUACUUGAAGGGAAGCUUGUGGUUCUUCGGUUUCAAAUAAAAAUAAAAGAUGAACUGGAGGCUAUAGCUUCCAGGUUAGAAUCUUCAUCUAGCAUGUCUGAACCUGUACAAAAUGGAUCAGUCCCUGAUAACAAUGCCAAUCCAGACUAUGCAAAAGUUGCAAGAGAAAAAGCCAAAGAGCUGUCGCUGGAUUUAAAAAGCAUAACUCAACUAUAUAAUGAAUAUGCAGUUCCUUUUGAACUGUGGGAGAUAUGCCUGGAGAUGCUCUAUUUCGCAAAUUAUACUGGUGAUACUGAUAGCAGCAUUGUAAGAGAAACCUGGGCUAGGUUGAUUGAUCAAGCUCUUUCAAGGGGUGGCAUUGCUGAAGCUUGUUCAGUAUUGAAGAGGGUUGGUUCCCACAUAUAUCCUGGAGAUGGAGCUAUUUUACCAUUAGACACUCUAUGUCUUCACCUUGAGAAGGCUGCUUUGGAGAGAUUGGAAUCAGGGGCUGAACCUGUUGGAGAUGAAGAUGUAGCAAGAGCUCUCCUUGCUGCUUGUAAGGGCGCAACUGAACCAGUACUAAAUGCUUAUGAUCAGUUGUUAUCAAAUGGAGCUAUUUUGCCCUCUCCCAACCUUAGGUUGCGUCUUCUCCAAUCGCUGUUAGUGGUACUCCGAGAAUGGGCAAUGUCCGUGUUAGCACAGAGGAUGGGUACAACUACAAGCGGGGCUUCCUUAAUACUAGGUGGAACAUUCUCACAGGAGCAAACAACAGUCAUUAACCAAGGGAUUCGUGAUAAGAUCACAAGUGCAGCAAACAGGUACAUGACAGAGGUGAAAAGGUUGCCACUUCCACAGAGCAAGACUGAGGCUGUCUACCGAGGAUUUCGAGAUCUUGAAGAGUCUUUGAUAAGUCCUUUUUCUUUUAAUCGCUUCUAAUUCUUUUUUAAUUUUCCCUACUUUCUGUUGUAUGAAAUGUGUUUAUUUUUCUUAACGAAAUAAACAGGUAUUAGAUUUAGUAUGUGUUCUUGUAACAUUAUGCUUAGAAGUUUGAUUGUUCAAAUGUAAAAUUAACCCUUAAUUCACAGAAAGCAAAAUAGAAUUGAAAUUCUAAUGCCAAAUUACUCGUGAAA